UCGAGAGUUUUCUGUUAUUUGAACAUUGGAUUGGUCUAAAAUAUUUAUAUAAUUCAUUUAAGUAAAUAUGGACGAGGCGCAAGAAUUAGAAUGGCUUGAAGCCCAGAAGAUUGUUGUUAGCAUCGACCUGAAAGCUGCAGCAAAAAAGCAGCUACAGUUUCUUGCAGCUGUUGAUCGGAACCGCUGUCUCUAUGACGGCCCUAUACUAAACAGGGCAAUUUAUAGGUACAAGAAUUGUUGGCUUCCUUUGCUUGUAAAACAUGCUGAAUCAGAAGUCCCUCUGGUUGUGCCCCUUGAUUGUGAAUGGAUAUGGCACUGUCACAGGCUUAAUCCGGUACAAUACAAAACAGACUGUGAGAAGUUUUAUGGGAGGAUCCUUGACAACUGCAAUGUUGUAUCAGUUGUUGAAGGGACUUCCAAGCAGAAAACGGCAGAAAUUUGGAGCAGUCUAUAUCCAGAAGAGCCAUAUGAGCUUGCCUUCAACAUUACUUUCUCAGAAGGUGGUGCUGAAAAGUUUUCUGAAUCUGUAGAAAACAUCAAAUAUGACCUGGUUUCAGCAGUUAGAAGGCAGAGAGUCUUCUUUUAUCAGGUAUCAAGACCCAGCAUGCAUGAUGAUUGUUUUCUUGAAGGAGCUGUGGCCAGAUAUAAAGGGUUUCUACAUCUAAUCAAGAGAAAUGCAGAGAGAUCCGUGAAACACUUUUGUGUGCCAACUUAUGAUAUUGAUCUUAUUUGGCAUUCUCACCAAUUGCAGCCCGUCUCCUACUGCAAGGACCUGGUAGAAGCACUCGGGAAGGUAUUAGAACAUGAUGAUACAGACUCUGACAGAACCAAAGGAAAGAAGCUUGAUACUGGAUUUUCUGGAACUACCAAGCAAUGGGAAGAGACAUUUGGGCGGAGAUACUGGAGGGCAGGGGCAAUGUACAGAGGCAGUGCUCCAUCUCCUGUCACUGUUGGUCCUUGGCCAAUGAAUGGUGUGGGCAAGAAUGUCAUUCCAUGCAACGAAUAUCAGAAAUACCUUCAACUUCCCCAGAAGAAGGUUGUGGAGGUACUUUUGGAGAUUGUGGGUAUAAAAAAUAUACCAGCAGGGCAUAAGGGCAAUCUAUCUGUCUUUUUUAGUAAGAGCCAGCCAGAUUCAUUCUUCAAAACAAGGAGGGUAUUGAAUAUUUCAGCUGAGUCUGGGCAGAAACAGGUCGCUGCCUUUCAGUGUGAACCGACUGAGAAGCUGGUGUUUGCACUCAAGUCCCGUUCUCCAUCCCACCUGCCCAUAUCAAGGGCGCCCAAAACCAUGGGAACAACUUCAAUCUCUCUGCAAGACUUGCUGGAACCCAUCUCUAAGCUGUCAGUGGAUAAAUGGUUUGAGUUGGCACCCAGUUCGGGCCAUGUGGACUCUAAGCCAAUCUCUCUACAUAUUGCUGCCUCGUUCACUGUCCCAGCCAUUGCCCCCCUUGUGUUUCACAUGGUCCGGACAAGUUCUUUCUCAGUGAACAACUGUUUCUUCCCCCUUCCUGGAAGGGUUCAACCGCUUAGAGGCUGGACGUGUGUUGUGGAUGACGCAGGCAAUGAGCUCAUGAGCAUCCAGAUGAGGAAUUCAGAGAAAACAGGGGCUAGAAACAACCAUACUUCGAAGAGAGAGGUUGUUGGUGUAAUAGGAUGGCCUGGGGAAACAUACGUGCUAGCUGAGUCUGUAGGAACAGGGUGGGCUUUGUUUGAUUCUUCCCUUCAUCUUGAGAAGAAGUCCAGCCAAGAUGGCCAUAUUUUUGAGCUCAGGGGUUACCAAAUGGUUAAGCUUUUCCGCGGUAGAAAGCUGGACUAUGAACCCAGAUGCUGUCACCAGGAGAAACCCGAACAGGACUUCAUGACUGCAGUCAGAUUCUCAACAGGAGAUCCAUAUGGCAAGGCUGUUGCAUUGUUUAACUUGAAAUCUGGCCUAAUCAAGGUCAAUGAAGAAUGGUUUGCAAUGCCCAGUAUCGUGUUGUCAUUCAUACUCUCGGACAUUCUGAGGAAGGAAGGAUACAAUGGUUUUGUCGCUGCUGGAGAAGCAAGUUUCAAGGAGAUAGCCGGUCUAGAUGAGGAAGCCAACGGCAGCAAUAUUGGAGGCAAAGACUUGCAUGAUUCUGACUCUGCCACAGAAGUGGCAGUGGCUGAAAAAGGCAGUGGUUGUGGAGUAGGCUGUGGAAGCGGUUGCGGAAACGAUAUAAAGAGCAGCGGGUGUGACAGGCAUGUUAGUGGGAAUGGAAAUGAUAUUAAGAGCAGUGGAUGCGGUGGGUGUGGUGUUGUGUCCAGAGAUGAUAUUAAGACGGCUGACCCUGUAGUAAUUGGUGGUGGGAAUGGAGGGUGCAGUGACUGUGGAGUUGAUAAUACAAGCAGCGACUCUAUGGUUAGGAGUGGGGGAUGCGGUGGGUGCGGUGCUGGGUACGGAAAUGAUAUUAAGAGUGCCGGAGGUAUAGUAAUUAAUGCUGGUAGCGGAAAUGGUAUUAAGAGCAGUGGAUGUGGCGGGUGUGGUGUUGUGUCCGGAGAUUAUAUUAAGAUGGCCAAGUCUGAAGUAGCUAGUGGUGGGUGUGGAGGGUGCAGUGACUGUGGAGUUGAUAUUACAAGCAGUGACUCUGCGGUAAGGAGUGGUGAGUGUGGCUCUGGGUGCGGUCAAUGUGGAGUUGAUAUUAUGAGCAGCGACUCUGUGGUAAGGAGUGGUGAGCAUGGCUCUGGGUGCGGUCAAUGUGGAGUACAGAGUGGAGGAUGCGGUGGGUGUGGUGGAGGUGGUGGGUGUGGCGGAGGUGGUGGGUGUAGCGGCGGGUGUGGUGGAGGUGGCGGUUGCCGCAAUGGCCUAGCAAUGAGUAAGAAUGCCAAUUCUGGGACCUUAAGCAUCGAACCAUAAGCUGUUAAUGGUUAGUAUUGCAUGGUUAUGUUCAAUAACCUAUCUAUAAGGUGGUUAGGUUGCUUACUAAUAAAGGAGUUCUUCUCCUCAAUAAAUGUGUUUUCCUUUUCUUUGAUGUAUGCUUGCACUCUGGAAAUAUGGUAAUACAAAACUACAAAUGAAGACUUCAAUAAUAAUGUUAUGUAUCUUUUGUUAA